CAAAUAUUAUAACAUGAACACAGUCCAGCAGGGGCAGGGGGAGGAGGGAGCAAUCGAACUCAGGUUCGGACCAGGCAAGCGAACCAAGUGUGAAAGCACCCUUCAACAGACAGGUGAAGCACCAUCUGGGCCUGAAGCUUUUCUAGAUUUCUGCUUCCUGGAGACCUGGUUCACGUCCUCUACAAAGACCUUAAGCACAGUUUGAAUGGUGGGGGGGUUCAGGGGUGGUAAGUGAGUGUGUGAAAUUCAGCUCAGAGCAGAUGGGGGGUGGUAGACUAUCCUUUUCAAAUCUGAAGUAAAACACAUUCAGAUCGUCAGCCAGUUGUUGAUUCUCCACAGACUGUGGGGUGGUGUUUAGUACAUGCUGAUGUUCCUCAGACCAGUCCUUAAUGACACCGCAUUGUUUGCUGGAAGCUCUUUUGUCUGUUCUUGGCCUAGUUAUACACGAUUGCAUCCCCACUUCUGUAAAAAUGGCUAGUAAACAUAAAGAAUUACAAAGAAACAAGUGACGUAUCAAAAAAUUCUUAGUAAAAUGCUGAAAUGGCAUUUUCACGCUACAUGUAGGGCAAUAAUAAUCAAAAGGUCCACACAUGCACAAGACAUUGCUUACUUCCAUGUUGAAAAACAAGGUGGAUAUAAAAGCUAGUCUAAAACAGUUUGUCUUUUGGUAUCACAAUUAUUGUUUUGGUAUCAAAAGCAGUUGUCCAUGCGAGUGUUCAUAAAUAAACGUCCGAAAUGCAACUAAUAAAGACGACACUGAAAAAUUAAAUUCCACAUGCUAUUUCAUUUAGACUUCUGAGAACGGAUGACAACUAUGAUAAAGAUUCACUUCAACUCUCAUAAUGUUUAUUUAGAUUUAACGUUUACAAUUUAGGCCUAGGGGUUUUGGAGGGGUCUGUAAAGAAAAUAGAUGUUUCAUUUGAAUUCCAUUAAAGAAAUACAAUAAAGGUACUUGAUGAAAUGUUACAAAGCGCUGAGGAUCUUUAUUAUUGGUAUGCUGGGUUUGCACAGGUUGGACCCCCUGGUUCCUAUGAAAGCAAGCGGCGUCUGGUAUGUUACACACCCUGAGAGAUGUAUGCAAACACUAUCAAACAGCCCUGCAGCAGGACACCAAUCUGUUUGAGAUUAUCAGGCUUCUGUUUAAACCCAGAGCACAGCACAUGCAGAGACUGAAAUAAUACACCAGAAACACACCCUCCUUAUACAUGUCUCCAGGUGGAAUUAAAAGCAAUGAAUUCAAAUGAUACCGAGCUCCUGUGAGACUUCUCUUAAUCAUUAAUUCCUCGUUAUGUAGAAGUCAUUGAGUCUUGCUGUACUUUGGGAUGAUCAGUGCCGUAUAGAAGGGAUCUUUGAGGUAUUUGACUGUUGGAGCUUAUUAUUAUAAAUCUACUUUGAAGGAAUUUCCAUGUAAUCCUCAGCGACUCGCUCUUACGACGGAGACUUCAGAGGUGUAUUUAGAUUUAAUAACAGAUUUUACCGUAUAAUCAGCACCCAUACUGAAAGACAUAGAUAGAUUAGUUAUUAAGCUCUAAUCAAAGUAUUACAGUCAUUCUCCAUAAUUACUGGUUGAAUGUUAAAUCUGACGCAUGUGUAAAUGGGAAGCUAGCGCUUCAGUACGAGCUGAAUUCAUGCUGUUGUGAUUGUGGCUUGCUGUUGGUUUAGUGCUUUAAAGAGCCUCUCGGUUGUCAAACUCAAUGCAACGUGUUAGUUUUUGGCCUUGUGUUCUCUGUCAGAGCUGUGUGUGGAUUCCCUCAGGCACAGAGAGAGUUAAAAAGGCUAUUUAGCCACAGCCUUUCCAUGUGAAUUCCCUUUGUGGACAUUUUUUUCCCCCCUGAACAUCAGUUGGAGCUCUGAAUGUAAGCCGUGAGAACGUGAUGAGAGAGAAACAGAAGAGCUGUGCUCCUUCAGCUCAUCCGCUCUGCUCUGGCGGACAGAAGAUCCUCACAUGAUAGUGCUUAUACAGACUUUAUUUUAACUCUGUGAACUCUGAAACAGCAUCUCAUGGGGCUGUGAAGACCUUUCUGUAGCGCUCAGGACAUCCUCAAACAGGUAAAUGCUGAUGUUUCUGGUUUAUACACUGGUGGUUGUGUUUUUGAAAUAUAGUAGUAGACUUCCAUUUUUAUGUUACUGUUACUAACCGUUAUAUAUGCAUACACAUAAACACACACAUAAACACACACACACACAUAUGAGUUUUGAAGUGUAAUGUUGUUUUCAAAAUCAGUAAACUUUAAAGAUGAAUAUGCAUUUUUUUAUGCAUUAUUGUAAAAUUGUACUACAUGAAUCGCAAACCUCAUAGUUUACUUGUCUCAUUUAUGAUUUUCAUAAUUGCUGGUUAUUUUCAUUAUAGUGUCAUUAUUAGCAUUAUAUAGGUUAACAACCUUAUAUAUUGUUAAUAUAUGUGAACUACUAAUCUGUUAAGCACUCUAUAAAUCCAACAGCUUAUUAGUGGCAGUUAAUAUAAGUGUUAAUACCUGUUUAAUCCAGCGUAAAGGCUUUACUGUCCCUCCAUCCAUUAUGUGCUAUAAGCACAUAAUAAUUAAAGCUACAGUAGAUGUUGUACCUUCACUUGCUGCUGUACUGUUUUUGUGUUUCUCCAGUCCACUUCAGGUUGGAGUGUCUCCAGGAAGAGCGUUCCCUUGAUUCGUACAGUCUGGCGUCCUGAUAGAGGUGCAAUGGCGAGGAUAUCCUGCACUACUCACAUUUGCACGCUGGUCUUGUCUUUGUGCUUCCUGGUCUUUGAGAUAGUGGUCGGUCAAAUCUGCAGAUCCCUCCUCGUUGCGGUGGACAGCUUCCAUACACUCUACAUUUUCAUCAAUCUGACUCUAUCAGUGAUAAAGCAUCAUCCUGCUCCUCCCUGCUCACCUGCUCCCUCCACGAGCGCCGGUUCACCCCGUCCAGACAUCUCUGUUUCAGAAGGUCCGAGUCCUCCGUAUGCUGAGGACUACAGAAGGAUGCGUCUCAAACCCUUCGGCGUCCUGAUCUCGGCUCUGCUCUUGGCAUCUCAGUGUGUCUCCAUCAGUCUGGAGAUUCUCACACAUGUUGUGCAGCCAGAACCCAUUCAACACCCACUCCUGUCUAUCGUUGUCGGAGGAGCCAGUCUGAUAUUUAAUAUUCUCGUUUUGGCCUGGAAAAGAAGCAGCAGAGGUAUCGAUGAAGCUGAUGAUGGGAUCAGAAAGAGUCUGACGCCAAAUGACCCUCAUUCUACAUCAGAAAACAAAGGACGCGCUCUGGAGGAUGACACGCUGAUGUUCUGCAACCCUGAAGCAUCUCGGGUUCUGGAUCCAGAUCAAGGCUCUCAGCACGGCUCUUCUGAGCUGCCAAACCCCAGCAUCCCUGAACCAGUUCAGUCCAGUCAGUGUCAAACGUCUGAUUCCAGAAUCAGUGCGAGUUCACUGGAAAUCAUUCGGGAAGCACCACAUCACUCCUCCUGCACCGAACGCACCGUUCCUCGGUGUGCUCCUGGAGGAUCCGGGUUCAGAGGAGCGCAGCUGGGCUCCAUCGCCGUGGUCCAGGAGCUCCUGGGUUCAGUGCUGGUUCUGUGUAACGGUCUGGUUCUCCUGCUGUCUGCAGCGCACUGUCAUCGGCCUCACUCCGACUGUCAUCUGCUGGUGUAUCUGGACGCAGGGUUGUCCUCGGUGUGUGUGCUGGUGCUGUUGUCCGUGGCUCUGCCGAGGCUGCGGCGCUACGGGCUGCUGGUGCUGCAGGCGACGCCGGUGCAUGUCUCGGUCGCUCAGGUGCGGCUGUGCCUCGCUGAAGUACCGGGUGUGCUGUCGGUUCACGAGCUGCACGUGUGGCAGCUGUCCGAGGCGCUGCUGGUGGCCUCGCUGCACGUGCACUGUCCGGACGGGCUGGACGCAGCGCAGUGCGCGGAUCUGAUAGAGAGGAUCACAGCAGUGCUGGCCGCUUUCGGCAUCAACCACAGCACCGUGCAGCCGGAGCUCAUCCGGAGCGACGGAGGCGGAUCGGGACACGCGCUCUGCAGCCUGCGCUGUGGCCAGGAGUGUGUGGAGAAGCUCUGCUGCUCCCCUCGGGUGGACCAAGCCAGCUGUCCCGGGACAGAGAGGUCUGUUAGUGUGCAGUCCUGCUCUCCAGCGCCGCUCAGAGACGUGGUUAUCGAGAACACACACCUGUGAUUACUGUACAUGACUCCAGCAAUAAACACAUUCAUACCAUGUGAGGGGUGAACACUGAUUUAUUCCCAGCUGAAGCACUGAGAGAUGACCUGGUUCACAUAUUUAACCCUAUAAAUGCCUUUUAAAUGAUUAGCAUGAUCAAACAUGGCACACACAAUCUACUCCAUGCAUUCUGAUUGAUAGACUUUCUUUAACAAGGCCUUAAGUCUAAUUGUACAAAUGUGCACUUUUUAUUAUUAUUAUUGUAAAGUAAACGUAAGAAUAACUCUAAUAUAAGCAACUUAGGUUUACUUGAUUAUCCAGAAAGUCUCAAAUAUGAUCAUCAGGCUUUUGAGGAAGGUUUAUUUGUUCAUCUCUCACUCUAUUUCAUUGCAUUAUGUUUUGAGAGUGCCGACUGAUAUUUUUGUAGUUUUGUGUAAGCUAAGUAGUCUGUUAUACACUUAUGAAAAUCUCAUCGUCAGAAUUUCAUCUCAUUUUGUCAUAUUUUUGCUCGGAAUAGAACUGGGAUGUUUGUUCUUCCUCGUCCUCCAGCUUCAUAUUUAUACUGUAUCAUAUGAGCCAAAAAAGUCUGAUGCAUCAAAUAUGAUAAAAAAAAGGAGGCAGUGUUUAUUAUGAUUAGUGUUAAAUUGUUUUGCAAAAGUUUUUGUGACUGUUACUGUACAUUUAAGGCUUUUCAGAGUUAAAGUAACAGGACAACAUGUUCCUGAGGUGAAUUUUUGAAUUCUAUAUUAAUACUGAUUUUAUAUUUCAUGUUUAAAUAUAUUAUAUUUCAUCAAGUUUUGGAUAAAUGGAUGGCAUGCUAUAGGCCUAUAUAUCAAGAAAUGCUUUAAUGAGCAUAAAACCUGCCUUUAAAAUGAAUUCCAGAAGGAAUGCAUUACUAAUAAAGUAAUAUUAAAAUACUAUUA